AACAUUUAAAAUUUAAGUCGGAUGUAGAUAGAGAUUAUAUGGGAUCAAAUAAAGUUUAAGUUGGUAGAGCAAUUAGUGCACACUAGACAGUGGAACUUUAGUGGAAUAAGUUAGGUCUAAGUCCUCCUUACUUCAACGUUGAAGCCGGGCAAGUCUGAGUCGUGCAUAAGUCUUGGUAACACCAACUUGCUUCCCUAUAUAAUGAGUUCAAGUUUUCUCUCGAAUUAAAGCUGAAAGACGAAAACUACUACAAUUAUAGAGAGCAUAUACCCAGUGUGUGCGUAUAUACGGAGGAGAGAAGUAAUUUCCUAUUGUCGAAAAUGUUGUCGAUGAUACACUACUGCUUGUGUUAUAUCUUUAUGAUGAUUAUGGCUAAUUACUUAACUGCAGAUGCAUUAGCAAUAGCUCAUACCAAUUUCAGCACAGAUCAGUCUGCGCUCCUUGCUCUCAAAGCUCACAUCACUAGUGACCCUCAAAACAUCUUGACAGCCAACUGGUCCUCUGACUCCAAUUCCGACAUUUGCAAAUGGGUUGGUGUUAGCUGUGGUGCUCACCACCACAGAGUCACAGCCUUAAAUCUCUCGUACAUGGGUCUUGCCGGGGUUAUUCCUCCGCAUCUAGGCAACCUCUCAUUUCUCGUUGAGUUGGGCCUUGAGAAUAAUAGUUUUCAUGGUCCCCUACCCCAAGAACUGUCUCGUUUGCGCCGGUUGAAGGCGAUUAACUUUCAAAACAACAACUUUAUGGGAACCAUUCCUUCGUGGUUUGGGUCCUUCCCUAAACUUCAAACCUUCAAAUUGUUGGAUAACGGCUUCUCUGGUUUCAUACCCGCUGCUAUCUUCAACUUAUCUGCACUCAAAAUAAUUGAUAUGAGUAGUAACCAACUAUCAGGUAGCAUACCCAGAGAAAUCGGCAACUUAACAAUGGUGAAGGGCAUACACCUUGACGACAACAAGUUCGAAGGUAUACUGUAUGACUUAGGUUUUGUUAUAUAUAUAUAUAAGACCCUUCUUAGCUGGGAUCUUGUUCAACUUCAUCAAAAAAUGAGAUGAA